AUGUUAUUCCUGGCGACGAACUGGAAAUGCGAAGAAACUCGAAAACGGCACAAAUUCAUGUUCAAAACAUCGAAGUACAAACACAUCCAAUGCCAAAACUAUAAGGUGGAAGAAUGGUACCCGGACGUCAAAACGUCGAACGGAGGACCAGAAGUCACGAUGAUGGUUGCUACUUCAACAUAUCUGGCAUUGAACUGGCAAAGCGCUGGUGCAGGAAGUAUUGGAUGCAUUCCACUGACAGAGAGAGGGAAACGAAAAGCAGAGCCAACAUUCUGUAAGGGACAUACGGCAGAAAUAGUCGAUAUGAUUAGCUGCCCAUUUAAUGAUAAUUUGAUCUUCAGUUGUUCGGGAGACGGUACUAUUAAGGGAUGGGAAUUGCCAUUUCCGACUGCCAUGAGCAAAACGAUCUCCCCAUGUUGCAGUCUUGAAGGGCAUCGUAGGAAAGUUGAUGUGAUAGCACACAACUAUGGUGCACCGGUGAUAGCGAGUGCGAGUAGUGAUGGGUAUGUUAAAUUGUGGGACUAUGUCAAGCAGAGCGAGGUGAAAAGUAUCGAGAAUAAAGACACCGUCUUUUCUAUGGACUGGCAAUAUGACGGAAAUGUGAUGAUCCUCACGGGGAAGGACAAGAAACUGAAAGUUGUUGAUUUCCGAGCGGGAAGUGUAGUGAAGACGUAUGCGGCGCAUGAAGGGACUAAAAUGAGUUGUGCACGAUAUGUUGGAAAGGAAGAGCCGUUUGUGUUCAGUGUUGGGUUUGAUCGAACACAAAGCCGCCAAAUGGGGGUGUUUGACUUGAGAACGGACAAGGCGGUCUGCUUGAAACCAUUCCCUGGGACGUCGUCUGUGUGUAAACCGAUUGUUGAUUUGGACACAUCGCUGAUGUACAUCUCGGGAAGAGGUGAUUCGUUGGUUAAGAUAUACGAAUUUGACGCGAAGAACAAGAUGUUUAUUAGCGAAUUGGCCACUCAGAAUACCGGAGAAGCACUGAAAGGUAUUUCGUUGUUACCUAAAAGAGCAGUGCAUGUGAAUCAAUGUGAAAUUAAUACGUUACUUCGUCUUGGGAAUGGGAAAGUGUCGAAAGCAGGGUCGUAUAUCAUUAGAAGAGCUUCAAUGAAAUAUCAAGACGACUUGUAUCCGGACACGUUGUGGGUUGGAGAGUCUCUCUCUGCUGAUGACUACUUGUCUGGCAAAGACGCCAAACCAAAAGAAGUAUCACUUCAGUGUGUGUUUGGUGACCAAAAGGCGCUUUGGGACGCUUACGAAUCCAACGAAGUGAAAGAAGCGAAAAAAGCUGCUGAAGAAGAGAAGAAGCGACUUGCGGAGGAAGAACAAAAGAAGGUGGAAGAGGCACAACGUGCGGAAGAAGAGAAGAACCGAAUCAUCCAUAAAGCGCCACAAAUCAUACGAAGCACACACUUCAGACACAUCAACAUCAAAGCCUUCAACAAGAACACUAACAUCAUCGACUUGAAAAUGAACACUACGACCUCACAAAGUCUUGUGAAGUGCAACAAAAAGUGGGUUGGAGUGCCGUGGACUGGUGUUGGUAAAAUUGCGUUGUGGCCAGCGGACAAGCCGGGGAAGAUGACGAACCCUAUUUUCUGUGACAAUGGUGGAAAUGUCACGGACUUCAUGUUUGAUCUCUUUAAUGAUGAUAAAGUCUACAUCUGUGGUGAAGAUGGCAAAAUUCGAGUGUUCUUGGCGGAGGCUGAGAGUGCUCAGAAAGUCCAAGAAAUUAACGCCCAUCCACGAAAGAUCGUUUCUAUCAAUGCGAAUCCGUUUAUUUCAAAUUGCGUGAUCACUGUUGGUGCGGAGCCGUCGAUCAGAAUGUGGGAUGUUGCGAAUGAGAGUCUAAUCAAGGAGAUAACAGGGUUUGGCGAACAAAUUGGGAACAUCAGUUUCAGUAGUACUGGUGAGAGAAUGGCCGUCUCUUGCAAAGACCACAAACUGUAUAUAGUCGACUUACGGAAAGGGGAAAUUGAGACAUCGAUUGAAGUGCCACAGAACGGGGGGAAAGGAUUUAUGUGUGCGUGGUGUGGGAGGAAAGAGAGAGUGUUCACUGUUGGGUUCUCGAAGAGUUCCCAACGAAUGUAUUCGUUGGUUGAUGUUAAAGAAAUGAAGGUGAUGCAUACCUCCCCGAUUGAUACGGAGUCUGCUGUGAUGACACCGAUCUAUGACGAAGACAUUAAUGUCGUCUUUUUGAUUGGAAGAGGCUCUAAAACACUGCAUUGCUUUGAAGUGACGGACGAAGACCCUUAUGUCUUCCCACUCAAUAUUUCCACGUUUGAUGAUGUUGUCAACGGAUUUGAUGUGUCACAUAAAGAGGAAGUUGAUGUCAAAAAGAGUGAAGUGAUGCGACUCACUUUACUCAUUGGAGAACCACCAUCUGCAGUCUCAAAGAACAGCGUCAUUGUCCCGCGAGUUAAACUUAAUUUCUUCCAAGACGAUAUCUUCCCAGACACGCGAAGAAAAGUACCGACAUACACACCAGAGGAGUGGAUCGAAGGAAAGGUCAAAGACGUGGAAUACAUUUCAUUGCAACCAGAAGGCAUGAUUAAACUGUCGGAGGCUCCAAGUGAAUCGGAAAGAGCCAAAUACUCUUACGAGCAAGAGAGAAAACGUAUUGAAAAGGAAGAAGAAGACAAGAGAAAUGCCGCUAUCUUUGAUAGAGUCCUUGAUAGUAUGAAUGAAAAGAGAGACACCUUCGAGUACUCUGACAGUCCUGAAUGGUCCGACGACUAA